UGUUCAUGAAGCCACACUGUGAGAGAACCCGCCGCCGCCGUCGUCGUCGACUAGUCGCGUAGUGAAAACGAGUGCUGAUUUUUUCUCCUUUUUAACGAGCCAUCAUAGCGCGGCGCGACGUCCGAAACAAACCGAACCAUGAGCCAUUGCUGAAGCAAACUCUGGCGUAGGCUGUGCGUGAAAAAAAGUACUUGCUGAUCAACUCGCGUGCUGGAAAUGUGAUGUCAAAUUGGCGAAAUUUGAUGUGGAAAUAGUGCACCUCUUUUCGGAGAAAAAAAAAUAAUACCCGCUGAGUAGCGUGAGUGAGUGGGAGAGGAGGAAGAAAAAAGAAGAAUCGAAGAUAAUGGUUUUCGGAUGAAAUCAAAAGGAGCGAGAGAAGAGAAAUAGUGAAAGAUUUUUUUUCUGCCUUCAGUUGAGAAGAGAAUUCAGUGUCUGUGUGUGCGUUUGUUGUGUUGUGUUUUAUUUUCCUCAAAAGAUUUUUCUGUACGGAGAGUUGAAGCUAAGGAAGUGUCUUUAACCUUUGCCCUAGCGAGGAGUUUGCUUUUUGUUGUUGUUUCGUGGCGAUCGCUGUUUUCCGUGGAAGAACGCAUAUUCCCUUCUUCCGGAAGCACAAGUGCCACGGAUUAAAGCUGGAAUCAAGAUGAGUUCCAAUAAUACAACCAACAGCAAUACCACUAGCAGCAACAGCAGUAGCAACACUGUCAGCAGCAGCAGCAACAGUGGGACGAAUAGCAUCGAAGCCGAAUUCAACCGACUCAAUUCCAAAGAAGAAUGGGGAUCCAUUUUCACGGAAAUUCGCCGAAAAUGCGAACAGGAAGCGGAACAGAAGGAUUUCACAACGGCCGAGUCGAAGAAGUCGGAGAAUAAACACCUGAAUCGGUAUCGCGAUGUCGCUCCCUACGACCACUCCCGGAUCGUGCUGAAGCGUGGCACGACUGACUACAUCAAUGCCAACCUAAUCAAGAUGGACAACGCCGACCGGAAGUACAUCCUGUGCCAGGGUCCCCUUCCGAUAACGGUUAGCCACUUCUGGGUGAUGGUGUGGGAGCACAAUUCGUGCGGCAUCCUGAUGCUCAACAGGCUAAUCGAAAAGCGACAGAUCAAGUGUCACCUCUACUGGCCGGAGAAGAUUGGCGAAGAGCACAAGUUGGAGCUGCCAGAUGUUCAGCUAUCGAUCGAGUAUUUAGACGUUGUAGAGUACACUAAUUUCUCCAAGCGAACAUUCCGGUUAACGGACCUGGAAUCCGGCAAAACACGCAAAAUACUGCAGUUUCACUACACCACAUGGCCGGACUUCGGUACUCCAUCCUCGCCGUUUGCAUUCCUGCAGUUUUUGAAGGCCGUUCGUGAUUCGGGAGCGCUGGACAAGGAUGUUGGCCCGCCGAUCAUACACUGCAGCGCAGGCAUCGGCCGGUCUGGUACAUUCUGCUUGGUAGACAGCUGCCUAGUGUUGAUCGAUAAAGAAGGCGAAAACAAUGUAUCGGUUCAGAACGUUCUGCUUGAGCUCCGACAAUACCGGAUGGGACUUAUACAGACUGCAGAUCAAUUAAUUUUCUCAUAUCGAGCCAUCAUAGAGGGUAUGAGACGCAUACAUAAUACGUCAUUUGAAGAAUUCGAAGAGCUGUCCCGAGCGGAAAAUAAGGAUCAUGCUGCCUCCGAUCAGGAAACUGAAAAUGACGAUGCUCCACCGCCUUUGCCACCGCCCAGAUCACACUCGCUCACUAUCACUCAGAAGCCGCUACCAUUAAUUCCUAACAGCGAAAGUGUCCACGAAGACUUCCUAAUCUGUAACGAUCGAGAUAUCGUCAACAACCAGGUUAACUUGGAGAAAAGCAAGCAAUACGAAGUGUGCAAGGAUCGACCGUUGCCGCCUCUGCCGAAGGAAGGCUCCCUGGAGAAGGUUCACGAGGCGGACAGUUCCGAGGGUGAUAGUGGGGCUUCUGGUGAAAGUGGUGAGGAAGACGAACUGAUCGAGGAGAAUGACAGUGACCAGAACGGGGACAGCACCAGAGAAGUAGAGGACAAUAGUGAUAACAUUAAGAGUUCCGUGCUCGACGAUACAACGAUAACCAGUUCGUCUUCGUCGACGUUGUCUACGGCAACAACGAGUGCAACGGCGUCCGCUAGUAGCAGUAAAACAUCCACCCUGGAAUCGAACAGGGGCGACGAGAAGUCGUUCGAUGCCGAUGCCACGCUGCCACCGCUACCCAGCGAAGAGUGCGCUGACAAUGAGAGAGCCGCCAGCCCGGAGGGGGGACUAUCACCAAACGCCGAGCUACGACGCCGGAAGCGACUCGAGCGCCAGACCGCGAUGGAGGAGAAGAUUCGCGACAUCAAGCGCAAACAGAAGGAGGCGGAGAGUACAGCUGCCGCGUCGCCAAAAAAACGCAGGUCAAUAGCCCUUACCAUCGCCGCCGGCGUUUGUAUCGGUGUGCUCUGUGUGUAUCUUUACACGAAAAAUUUGUAAUCAUGAUCAUCGUCCCCGGAACCCACAUCCUCCCCCUCCCCCAACCCUGCUCUAAAUUGCUGCGAUCCUACUACAUCCCUUGUCCCGCCCUCUAACGAAGGUGGUGGCAAGAGGGUUUGUUUUUUUUAAUAUUUUUGGAUUUAUUUAUAGUUUUCUCCUAGCGAGAAUAUAUGCUACGAAGAAAAUAAAGACAGAGUCAGACCAGCAACAGCCAGAUAACUCAAAUUAUCUGGGACGAUUGCCGCCCGACCAGAUCUAGUAGAAGCAGGAACUAUACGAACAGUUAAUCCGUAUCGAUGUAGAAAUACUUCAAACUAAUUUACAAAUAAUCGUGUAGACCAAGUGAUCAAUGUUGAAAUCGUGAAAAGAAAUAGGAACAUUUUAGUUCGUGCUCUUAUAGCAGUUGAGAAGAUUUUUUUUAGCAUAUUUUAGUUUUGAAUUUUAACUCAUUCCAACGAUAGGGAAAAGAAAGGAGCUUAACAUUAAACAAUGCAUCCACAUGGCAUUCACUUUUACAUUCACACGUGUUGGAACGCUAUACCGAGAUCGAGCUGAGCAACAAGCUUAUUUUUUCGGGAUCACGCCGAUUGAACCAAUUGUGAACAGUGUGCUGUGAUCCUAAUCGUCAUCGUUCUCGCAGUUCUGUGACCCAUUACAAAAAAAAGAGAGACACUCGGCAGAUUCAACAGCGGCAAUCAUCUGCAAUCACAACAACAGCUGCAAUCCAGAUUCCGCACAACUUGAAACAUUGUGGGUUCAAGCUAAGUAGAACACAUUAGUUUAUCUUUAUUUGUUGGUACUUUUUGUUGUAUCUGUUCCCCUUUACUGGCUCACUGUUUCAUAUUUUAGACCAUUUCAAAAUAAUCUUUUCUUCAUUGGCUUUCCCUAUUCCCCCAGUAUUAAUGUGUUCGUAAAAUUUUCUUUCUAUCUUUCUUGGUUUCAUCUGAAGUUUCUCUGUUGCAUGUCAUUGAAAAAAAUGCUAAAUCGAUAUGAUAAUUUAUCCAGCACACAACUCUGUAAUGCAUUUUGGACCCCAUUGUCGUGCACACAAACUCCAAGCGGAACAUUGACAUUGUAUGUAGAAGUUCUCAAGAGCCUGAGGAACUAUCGGUCUCAUAGACCUGUGUCAAGAGUAGUAUGGCGUGUCGCAUAUUAAUCUUAAAGAACUAAUUACCUUUUGAAAUAAUCAUCGUGUAUUCCGGAAUAGAUUGCGAGGCUUUUUUGUGGUGAAUUUCAAUGCAAAGGUUUGCUUUUUGGAUGAACACUUCAGAACAGGAAUCACACCAUUUAACCGCCGUAUAUUUUCACAUUCUUCAACAACUCAUUUUCCUCCAUUUCAUCAUGAUGUUCACAAUUUCCAAAAGGUUGAAUUGCUUGACACACACUAAGAGAGACAACAAAGCGAGUAGUGGAGCAAAUGCGAAGAUUUUAUUAUUGUGAUAUUCAGUCAAUCGCAAACAAUCAAUUGCAAAAGAGAGAAAAUCGUAUGGGAGUCUAAGAUGCAGAAGGGAGCAUUUUUGGGCCACAUAUACUCCAGCGUUAUUGCCGAUUAACGUUUCGAACAGAAAAAAGCACACUUGAGCGUUACUCUCUGUUUUUUGCGAACUAAUUUUACCAGAUGAAGUCUAAAAGUGCGUUGACUGAAAGGACAGGGAAGAGAGCUAUACAUGUUUAUAUUGUAGUAGGAGACCGAGUCAUUAUUGAACACACAAAAAUCAACAUCCAAUAUGGAACUUCUGGUAGAGAACAGAACAGAACACAAAAAAAAGAAAUGAGAAAUAAUCAAGAGAGAGAGACAUAGUCGUAUAUCGAGAUAUGAAAGUAUCGUCCAUGUUUUAGAAAUAACAGUUUACAUUUUUCUACCGAUAGAAUAUUCGCGUAUUUUUCAGAGGAGCAGAAAGAAAAGCAUUGUGAAGAAAUUCUAAUAUUUUAUUUUAUUUUAUUUUUCUAUCCAAAAGGACCGUAGUUUAACGUGUAGUAGACUCUUUUAUAAAAUAAUAACGAAAACUCGCUUUAAGGCGAAAGUAAAAAAAAACAAAGUUAAACCUAUAUUACAGAGCAAACAAUUGUAUAGAUGACUGUUUUAGAAAAUGAAAAAAAUAUGAGAGAUAAAAUGAAAUUGGUGAACGAA